AUGCUGUCCGCCCCAGGGUGCACGACACGCUUUGCCAUCAGCAUAUUCAUUGCAUGCUGCGCCUGUCUUUUCAUAGUUAUUUUCAUCUUUUCCGAGUCGUUUUCAAAAGCUUCAUGGGAUUAUGCACAAAAGGCGCAGGAUAAAAUAGGUUCAGCGAUCAAUAAACACGCUUCCCCCACAGAGGUCUACAACUGCGCCGACCCCUAUCGCCGCCCUGGCUAUCUCUAUAUCGAUCCCGACGAUUACAAGAACACCCGCUGGAUACCGUACACACAAGAAUUCCUCGACGGCGAUGUUCCGAGCUACGCAGAGUACCCUGCGCCUGGGGGCAUGGACGUAUUCUUCAACCGCACCGAGGUAGAGCCCGCCUUCCUCCAAUCUACUUCCAACCCGCAACAGUGGAUGCAACUGGCCCUUGCGGAAGACAAACGCCGCGGCAAUGCCGUGCAGGUCGAGAUGAAAAAGCAGAAGGCGGCGCACUUUGCGGAGAUGAAGGAUGACGGCGGCCUAGGUUGGCUAUGGGGUCGGCGCGUCAUUAUACUGGGAGACUCGGUCGACAGGUUCAUGAUCCAAUUCCUCUGCGAAGAAUUCGGCCGCGGCAUGCGGCAGCCCAAGCCGCACACGACGGCCACUUGCGCGAUCCCGACGCUGAACCUGACACUCAUUCACUGGCACUUCCCGGGUUCGUUCACGUACAAGCCCGAGUGGUGGUGGAUGGAGGACAUGGAAGAGGUUGCCUUCGAGGAACGCUGGGAAUCCAUGUGGGCUCCUUUGCUGGAGACGACCGGCCGGGGACCGACCGGCCAGCCAGACCUGUUGCUGUGGCAAAACGGCCUGUGGGACCAGCGGGCGCUGUGGGAGGCGGCUGAAGCGCACUUCGGCGAAGAAGACCCCAUGGGCGAGCGGAAGAGGCAGCUGGUGUGGCAGGAGAUCCGCUUCGUGGCAGCGCGGACCAAGAAAAUGGUACGGCGUCUGAGCGAGCGAUUCCCCGACGUCCCUACCAUGUUCAGGGCCAUGACGGUUCACCGUGAAAGCGACGCCACGGAUGCGAGUAUCUACGAGCUGGACCGCCUAUCGAGAGCGGUUGCUGAACAGGCAGACCACGAGGUGUUCGAGUGGGGACGCAUCAUCACCUCGCUUUCUAUGCUGUACAAGGACCAGACACACCCGGGCAAAGGGCCUGGAAGCUGGCUUUGGAGCAACAUGAUCCUCGAAUACCUUGCGAGAAGCGCCGGAUACGGGGAUUCGGCAAGAUCACCAUACUUUGACGGAUGGGAUGCUUGUCAUUCGUAUCUAGCAGGCUGGGGAGGCCGAUAA